GUUGACUAUACAUUUUAUUUACACACACACACGUACACACGGGAUACGUGGAAAAGAGUUAAAAAAAUUGUCUGUAUGUUGCGGAAAAUUUGACUCUGACAAUUGUUUUCAUUGAUGCCGUAAUACUGAAAGAUACACGAGAAUGGGAGGAACAGAUUCGAAGCUUAAUUUUCGGAAGGCAGUCGUGCAGCUGACAACAAAAACACAGCCAGUUGAGGCAGGUGAUGAUGCAUUCUGGGACCAGUUUUGGGCUGACACAGUGACCAGCGUGAGCGAUGUGUUUGCUUUGAUACCUGCAGCUGAAAUCAGAGCACUGAGGGAAGAAUCACCCUCAAACUUAGCUACAUUAUGCUACAAGGCAGUGGAAAAACUUGUGUCUGCAUCAGAAAGUGGAUGCUCUGCAGCCAAAGAUCAACAGAUGGUCCUGAACUCAGUGCGUCUCCUCACACGCAUUCUGCCAUACAUUUUUGAGGAUCCAGAUUGGCGUGGGUUCUUCUGGUCCACGCUACCGGGACAGUCUUAUGGUAUCGAGGGAAUGGAUGACAUUAGUGAUGAAGAAUCUUUACCCUUGGCUCAGUCACUCCUCAAUGCUGUUGCAGAUCUCUUAUUCUGUCCAGACUUCACUGUGGCUCCAAAUACCAAGAAACCAGGCCCAGAAAGCCACGAGGAUCCUCAGUCCAUUGACAGCUGUGAAUAUAUCUGGGAGGCUGGAGUAGGCUUCGCUAACUCCCCACCCCAGUCAGCUCUCUUAGACCAGAACAGGACUGAGUUACUCAAACUGCUGCUGACAUGCUUCUCAGAAACUAUGUACCUCCCUCCAGUUAGUGAUGCCCAUUCACAACCCAACCAGUGGAUCAGUUACUUUUGCUCAUCUGAAAACAGGCAUGCCUUACCCCUCUUCACUUCUCUACUGAAUGUGGUAUGUGCCUAUGAUCCAGUGGGCUUUGGUGUCCCAUACAAUCACCUCAUGUUUGCCGAUCAUCGAGAGCCGGUCGUCGAGGUAGCCUCUCAGAUCCUCGUCGUGACUCUUGACCAUGAUACAGUCCAUAGUCAGGUGCCUUCAACGGUUGAUGCUGCAGAUGAAGGGAAUGAGGGAGGAGUUGUAGAGAAUCUGUUUGUGAAUUAUCUUUCCCGUGUUCAUCGAGAAGAAGAUUUCCAUUUCAUUCUGAAGGGACUGACGAGGCUACUCAACAAUCCACUGAUUCAGACAUACCUGCCUGGAUCCACCAAGAAGAUAGCCUUCCACCAGGAGCUAUUUGUUCUCUUCUGGAAGAUGUGCGACCACAACAAGAAGUUUCUCUUCUUUGUCUUAAAGAGCAGUGACGUCCUAGAGGUUCUCGUUCCAAUUCUCUACCAUCUGAACGAUGCCAGGGCAGACCAGUCUCGAGUCGGUUUAAUGCACAUCGGAGUCUUUAUUCUUCUACUUCUGAGCGGUGAGCGGAACUUUGGUGUACGACUCAACAAACCAUACAGCGUUAGAGUACCCAUGGACAUUCCUGUGUUCACUGGUACCCAUGCCGACUUUCUCAUUAUAGUAUUCCAUAAAAUAAUCACUUCUGGGCACCAGAGACUGGCUCCCCUGUAUGACUGCCUACUCACGAUAGUUGUCAAUGUAUCUCCAUACCUGAAGAGCCUGUCGAUGGUUUCAUCUAACAAGCUUCUUCAUCUCCUGGAAGCCUUCUCAACACCUUGGUUUCUCUUCUCUAAUCCGGCAAACCAUCACCUCGUCUUCUUCCUUCUGGAGGUCUUUAACAACAUCAUCCAGUAUCAGUUUGAUGGAAACUCCAAUCUCGUUUACACCAUCAUCCGUAAACGCAACGUGUUCCACCAGUUGGCCAACUUACCCUGCGACCAGGCGUCCAUCACCAAAGCUCUGGCCAAGCGAGGGCGCAAGACAACCCCAGCGCCACCCACAGACGACGCUGUGCCUACCACCAUGGAGGGGGCAUUACCUCCAGUUGAUGCAGAGCCAGGGACUCUCAAAGCCUCUCUUCUUGCUACUCCAGGAUUGGGUACAAUGACCGAGACAUCUAAAGUCACACCAUCUGGUGAGGUGCUGGCCCAAGCUGCUGCGGACGCUGCUGAUAAAUCAGAAAGUGCUGCUGGACCCUCUGCAGCAACAUCCCAAGGAACCAGCGAUACUGAGAGUAUCGUUCCUGAAGAUAAGAAAGUAGUUGACAGUGGUCUAAUCGGUUCUCAGGCCAUUCCUUUAGGGUCGCAGCCUGAAGCCACUGAGCACAGAAUGAUUGCAAUGCAGAGGACAUCCUCAGUGUCUAGCAAUACACCAAGCAGCACUAGUGGAGACUGGAGGCCUUCCUCUGAAUGGGUUCAAUCCUGGAAGCAGAAGUUGCCUUUACAGACCAUCAUGCGUCUUCUUCAGGUUUUGGUUCCACAAGUUGAGAAGAUCUGCAUCGACAAGGGUUUGACCGAUGAGACAGAGAUCUUAAAGUUCCUUCAGCAUGGUACCUUAGUCGGUCUCCUGCCAGUUCCUCACCCUAUACUGAUCCGAAAGUACCAGGCUAACAGUGGUACCACUCUAUGGUUCCGUACCUACAUGUGGGGUGUCAUCUACCUCAGGAAUCUGGACCCACCGAUAUGGUAUGAUACUGACGUGCAUCUCUUUGAGAUCCAGCGAGUUUGAGCUUGUUAAGUAAUUCAUUUAUUAAUUUAUUUGUAUGUAGGAUUCUGUAUUGCCCGCUUCCCUCCCUAAGUGUACGCUAUUCUGCUUUGUGUAUUGUUUGUAAGAAGUGUUCCCCUUCCCAUGACCCACAACACACUGUGUUGUCUCGCUAUACUUGGUAUAUGUACAUGUAGAUAGUUCAAGCAUGUAUGUUUAUUGACCUGGUUAAUUGAAGGAUUGGACGCCCCUUUUGUUUUUUUUACACAAAAGCGAAGUGAGGGCUUCCUUACUCAGUAAAAAGAAUACCCGGUUCCUUGUGAGACAGGGCUCAGUUUCAUGGGUUAGAUUGAUUAUACAAACCAUAGGGGUCGAAGUUGAAGGUUUCAAAACUGUCGGGUCAGUAUCUGGAAGUUGUGAAGGAACGCCAUGGAUGCACUUUUGUGGGUCCGUGCACUUUUUUUAUUGUGUCCAUUUGCAAAACCUGCAGUACCAACAACCUAAUUUUGUGAUUUGUUUUUUUUGUCUGUUGCCUGCCCCCUUUUUCUUGUAGCCCCACCUUGAAUGGCCAUUGUCAUGUGAUGGCUGAUACCCUCACAAAAAUAUUAUAAAUUAAAAAAUUAUGAGUAGGGUAGAUGGCCGUGGCUUUCGAUCCAAACUGGACCUUCUU